AUGGAUAGCUGCACAGUGGAUACUUCAAAUGAAUCAGAAGAGUUUUACAGUACGCUUAAAAUAGUUCAUAAUCGAAAACAGCGACACGCUGGUGGAUGGCAAAGCAUCGGUUUGGACUAUUCGAUUUUGAAGGGAAUAUUAAAGAAAGGUUUCCACCAACCUACACCUAUUCAGCGUAAAGCUCUACCUUUAAUUAUUGACGGUAAAGGUUGGUAUUUUGUUAAUGUUUCAAACGUUUUGUUCCUUUGUAGUUUCAUACUACCAAAUUUAACUUCCUUAAAUUAUGGCUCGGUAAAGAGAAGUGGGAAAACGGCAGCUUUUCUGAUUCCAAUUUUGCAAAAACUAAAGCAUCGCGAUAUGAGGGGCAUACGAGCGCUAGUCAUUGAACCUACUCGGGAACUAGCAGUGCAGACAUUCACAGUCUUAAAAGAGCUUGCAAGAUUUACCGGUUUACGCUGUGCCAUCUUAGUUGGUGGUGAUUGUAUAGAAGAACAAUUUCAAGCUGUUCAUGAGAAACCGGACAUCGUUAUCGCAACUCCUGGACGUUUGCUUCAUGUUGUAGUUGAGAUGGAUUUCCGUCUAACAGUAGUUGAAGUCAUUGUUUUUGAUGAAGCAGAUCGAUUAUUUGAAAUGGGAUUUUCUGAACAGUUACAUGAAAUACUAAAACGACUACCCGAAAGUCGACAGACUUUAUUAUUCUCAGCCACUCUUCCUAAAAGUAUUAUUGCCUUUUCCAAAGCGGGAUUGUCAGAUCCAACUUUAGUUCGGCUUGAUCUUGAGGAGAAAACAAGCGAUAAAUUGUCAAUGAUUUUUUUGCAUUGUCGCUCCGAUGAUAAAUUGGCGGCAUUUUUACACUUAGCUCGAAAGAUCGUUGCGGGAAACGAACAAACUAUUGUUUUUUGUGCGACUAUGAAGCAUGUUGAAUAUCUUGCUAGUGUAGUGGAAAAAGCUGGAAUGGAAUGUGUUGUAUUAUAUAGUCAACUGGAUUCUAUAGCCAGAAACAUCAAUAUUCAGAAAUUUCGUAACAAAAAAUGUUCAUUAUUAAUUGUGACAGAUAUUGCUGCCAGAGGAGUAGAUAUUCCGCUCUUAGAUGUUGCUAUCAAUUAUCAUUUUCCUCCUAAACCGAAACUUUUUGUUCAUCGUGUCGGUAGAGUUGCUCGCGCUGGCCGCUCCGGAAAAGCUAUAAGUUUGCUCAGUACGGAUGAACUUCCGUAUUUUGUCGAUUUAUUCCUGUUUCUCAGCCGUCCACUAAAGUUUGCAACAAAUUCUUCAUCGUAUAAAGAUGAUGAGACGUUAAUAGGAUCAUUUCCGGAUGAUAUUAUCGAUAGGGAAAUCGAUUUUCUCAAAAUUAUACAUGACAAUUCCGAUGAACUGGAUGAGCUGCUGAAAAAAUCAGAAAAUGCGAUGCAAAAGUACAAAAAAACUCGUCCUCAACCGUCAUCUGAGUCAGUACGUCGAGCCAAAGAUGAAGUUAAAAAAGCAUUAGUGGGAGUCUCUGUGCAUCCAUUUCUGCAACAAAAAACACCUGAAGAAUCUAGAAGACAAAUGAUGCUUCAAAAUUUGCAUAAUUUCAAACCAGCUACGACCAUCUUUGAAAUUCAGAAUAGUAAUAAAGUUCUGUCAGCUGCUGUUAUGAAAGAAAAACGUCGAGCUCAUCAAAAAUUUAUACAUUCAAAAUCUAAUUCAUUUGUUAAUAACAGCGCUGAUUUCUCGGGAAUAAAAUCAACUAGCCUUGACAUUGAAGCUGCGGAUGACAUUAAAAAGACAUUUCUAAACGUUGCGAGAAAUGCAUACUCUAUGCCUCCAAACCAUUUGUUUCAACAGAAACAGAAAACGAGAAAACGAAAAGCUACUGAAUUAUUAGAAGAGAAAAAACAUUUUAUUGCAUAUGCACCCAUGGAGCUGAAUACAGAACGUGGAUUGGCAAUCGAUAAUGAUUUCAAUGCGCUGGCUAAAGCAAGUGCUAUAGAAAUUCUUGCUGAUGAUGCAGUUAGUCUUUAUAAACAGGAAAAGCGCAAGAAAUGGGAUAGAAAACUAAAAAAAUUCGUUGGUAAUGGUGGCGAUGACUCAAAAAAAAAGAUACGCACGGAAGAUGGAACUUAUCUACCUUCGACAUAUAAAAGUGGGCGUUAUGAAAGGUGGCAGAAAAAACAGAAACUUGAGUAUCAGAUUGAUGACAGUGAAGUUAAUACCGGGACACCUGAUAUGAGAGUGAAAAAACGAAAUAAUUUUAAGGGACAAAAUAAAAGAAGAGGUCGAUUAAGCGGAAGUGACAAGAAAGAUGGAAUGGUCUCUCGUUCUGAACUGAAGAAUCCAGAACAGAUCUUGAAACAGAGAAAUAAAAAAGCAAGAGUUCAGUCUUAUCAGGCUUAUCGAAGGCAACAAAAUAUGAAGAAAAAGCAGUUUAGUGGCGGCAAGAAAAAAUAG